UUAGAGAAGCACACAGAAGUGCCAGCCCUCUCCUGUCUCACUCUCCUGAGCUCACAUUCACUCUUCUCUAUCCACAAUACAAGACGGGAAGCUAGACCAGAGAAGAUACAGCAGAGGCUGCUUUUGUUCUGAUUCUUUGGAGUAUCUAAAUGACUCGAAGAACAGAGAAUUACUUGUGUUCUGAAGCUGGAUAUCUUUUUUGCUUUUAAAUGUGUAUGGUCAUAUUUGCUCCGCUUUUUGCCAUCUUUGCAUUUGCAACAUGUGGAGGUUACUCUGGGGAACUGCGGGUUAGUGUGGACUGCGUCAACAGGACUGACAGCAACCUCAGUAUUGGCAUCAACUUUGCCUACCCAUUCAGGUUGAACCGGGUGGAAUUUGACGUGCCAAUGUGUGGGGGUAGGAGGCAAGAGCGGCUCUACCUGAUCGGAGACUUUUCCUCCUCUGCCGAGUUCUUUGUCACCAUUGCUGUCUUCGCCUUCCUCUACUCCCUGCUGGCCACUGUGGUCUACAUCUUUUACCAGAAUAAGUACCGUGAGAACAACCGUGGACCUCUCAUUGACUUCGUAGUGACGGUGGUGUUCUCAUUUAUGUGGCUGGUGAGCUCAUCUGCCUGGGCAAAAGGUCUUUCAGAUGUAAAGGCAGCGACUGAUCCAGAUGAGGUGAUUCUGCUCAUGUCGGCUUGUAAAGUGCAGGCCAACAAGUGCAGCUCAGUAUAUGGACCCAGAUGGUCUGGCCUGAAUACAUCGGUGGUAUUCGGGUAUUUGAACUUUGUGCUGUGGGCUGGAAACAUUUGGUUUGUGUUUAAAGAGACUGGAUGGCACAAGGGAGGUGCAGCGAGGUACCCUGCCUCGUCUGCUGAAAAACAGGGCACUGCCUUCAACCAACAGGUCUACAACGAGGGAAGCGUUGAUCAAUCAGGAGGCACUUUUACUGGAACAGGGGACUUCGGCCAAUCAGAGUUCAGCCACAUGGGAAAUUACGCUUCAACUGGGCCCAUCUCCAACACAAAUCAGUAACUCCCUCUGCCUCAUAAAUGUAAUCCCCUUACAGAGCUGACUAAUUUCUAAGGGCAAAGUUCAACAUUUAGCACAAGAGGAGGAGUAAAUUAACUUAACAGAUAUAUUAAACUGCAAUCUUUAUUUCUGAUGAAACAAAAAAACAUAAAGGCUAUUGCUUGUCCAGAAUAUGUUUUUUUUUUUUUUAAUAUGAAUGACAGGGGUCCUCAGAUGCAUUGUAUGAUUUUUAAAUUAAUCUGUCUGUAAAUGUUUCUGAAAUACCACUGCUUACUGACAUAAGGUCUUUACAUCCAAAAGUAAAACUCAAAACAAGUAGAGUUAAGCUUACUGUCCUAUAAUGAUGAUCACCUACAGUACAGAAGGUGAUAUGGGUGUUUGUAAUUUAGAGUAUUUAACAGAAAACAUAUUGCUUUCUAUUGUUACUAUAGAUGUUAGAUAAAUGUUUGUCAGUUUUCCGGAUUUCUUAACCCAUGAAUAAUGUAAUGCCAGUGUUCAUUGUGUUUGCACUAUUGUGUCUAAACAAAAUCUGUGGUGCAUAUUUAUAUGGCUUUCUAAUGUUUGAACUGUGUUGAUGAACUGCAUGAAGUUGUGCCAUGUUAUCCUAGUUUCAAAAAAUGUCCUUAUAACAGGGUCACAUUGUCUAUUCUGGCACCUUUAUUAUGAUCACAAGGUGAUUAAAAUGCAAGGUAUUAAUCCUUGUAUUGUAAGAAAUACAAUCAACGAUUACAUUCCCUGCCAUCAUAUGUAUUUUCUUCUCCCUCAUAUGCAUUUGUUCCUCUUAACAUGCAUGCUGGUUUAUUAAUCACAAAGACUAUAAAAAAAGAGAAAAACACCCCAAUGCAUGUUAAUGUUCUUGUUCUGAUUGCUGUUGCAUUUCAAUGUGAACGGGUUUCUGUCUUGAUAUAUCUGCGUUUUUAAUCAAUGAGUGUGAAUGCUUUGAUGCAUUUUGUGCAAUGCCAAUAAAGAUAUUGUACAUUCCUCUGGACUAAACUUACCGGGCUACUUCAUAUUAAUUGAAACAAUGAGUUUUGAAGUGUGCUUUGAUGGUUCCUCAAAUGACUCAGCACUCACUCUUCUUUAAGAAGAAGAAUU